CCCGGCCCCGCCGCAGCCCGCAGGCAUUCGCCGCCCAGCGCCGCCCUGCGCCCGUCGAAGGGUUCUGUGCGGGCGAAGACGACGCGCGCGUGAUCGGCGGCGCCGGGCAUUUGAUGGGCUCGAUCUGUGCGGCUCCCUGCUGACCCCCUGCGGCGAUGGAGGAGGCCGGCCGCGCCUGGGAGGAGGCCCUUAUGCGCCUGGAGGCGGAGGAUGGUGCUGCGGUUACGGCCAUGGCCAUGGCCGCCGCGCCUCAAGUGGGCGGCUCUUCCACAGAGAAACACACCGGAUGCACCCGUGCUGUCAAAUUGGAGCAGUCUGUUGAGGCUAUCCAAGUUACUGGUCAUCUACAGAUGUACAUGUAUUCUCCGUUCGUGGUUACCUCUUCAGCGAGUGGAGAACCGAGACCUGUUUACGGAGGUCUGUACACGGUUGGAGGCUACGGCGAGGGAUACUUUUUCCCAACAUGGGUGGCAGCAUAGUCUACGGAUAGAUGCCCCACCUACUCCUUAGGCGUUAUAUGAUUCAUCGUUCCGAUAUGUAUCUCGCCUAGUUUUAUUUUUUAUCUUUUUGAACUUGAGACAACAAAACGGCUGUGUGCAUCCUGGUUAUGCAGAG